AAAAAGGACACAGUCAAACAUGGCAGACGUACCAGAGAAUGCGCCGGAACACUGUCCUGGCACCACAAGUGAGCAAGCAGGAAAGUCUUCGUCAUGUGAAGGCUGUCCCAACCAGAAACUGUGUGCCUCUGGAGCCACAAAAGCCCCUGACCCUGCUAUUGCAGAAAUAGGAGAAAAGCUGUCAUCUGUCAAACACAAGAUCCUGGUGUUGUCAGGGAAAGGAGGAGUUGGAAAGAGUACCUUUAGCGCUCAUCUUGCCCAUGCACUGGCAAGUGAUGGCACAAAGGAGGUAGCCUUGCUGGAUGUAGACAUCUGUGGUCCAUCUAUUCCCAGGAUAAUGGGCUUAGAGGGAGAGCAGGUUCACCAGAGCGGCUCUGGCUGGUCUCCUGUGUACGUGGAAGACAACCUGGCAGUCAUGUCCAUUGGCUUCCUGCUUAGCAGCCCUGAUGAUGCUGUGAUCUGGAGAGGACCUAAGAAGAAUGGGAUGAUAAAGCAGUUUUUAAGAGAUGUAGACUGGGGCGAGCUGGACUACCUUAUAGUGGACACUCCACCCGGAACCUCAGACGAGCACCUGUCGGUUGUGCAGUACCUGAGCUCCACCCAUGUCGAUGGAGCAGUCAUCAUCACCACUCCACAGGAGGUGUCGCUGCAGGACGUGCGGAAGGAGAUCAGGUUCUGUCAGAAGGUGAAGCUGCCCAUCAUCGGAGUUGUGGAGAACAUGAGCGGCUUCGUCUGCCCCAAAUGCAAGAACACAUCGCAGAUCUUCCCUCCAACCAGCGGGGGUGCGGAGAAAAUGUGCGCGGACCUGAAUCUGCCUCUGUUGGGCAAGGUGCCUUUAGACCCGAGGAUAGCCCGGAGCUGCGAUGAGGGCAAGUCUUUCCUCAGCGAAGUGCCCGACUCUCCUGCUGCUGAAGCAUACCAGAGAAUCGUGCAGAGCAUCCAGGAGUACUGUUCCAACAGAGCGACAGAGGAGCAGAGCACAACCUGACCGCAUCAGACGGCAGCCCCAUUUGACCCUGAGAAUGUGGUAGAAACUGAACAACAAGCACACGUAGGGCCACAGAUUUGUUAUUCCUGUCAGAUAUUAGUGUAGUGAGUGGAUACGACCUCGCAACAGGUCCUCUGCCACACAACAACCCAGACCAAAAGCCGGUGAAUGCACAAUAAUGAUCAGUGGUCAUUCAUUUCUUAUAAAUAUGAAUGGAAUUGUAAAGAAAUUUUUGUUCUUUUCCGAAAAAUCUUUUCCAAAACAGCAUGGCAAUGUUUGACCAGGACAAGACCGGUAUGUUUAGAAAUGCCACAAGUUGGAUUUUUUUUCCAGCGAAUUAAAACAUUUUCUAAAGCAGCAGGUUUUUUAUGUAAAGGGCACAAUGGCGGGCGGUUCAAGUUAUAUGGUUGGAUAAUGCCCUGCAGAGACCAAGUUCUUGUUUUUGGGUUUUCCGCUAGUUUUUUUAAUCUGAAUGCCAUUAAGCAAUGGGGAAUAUAAAGCAUAUCUAUAUGAAUACAUGGAAAGUACAUGCUGUGGACACUGUUCCUUUAGUUGUUUUUUUGUUUGCUACUAUGAUUUUUUUUUUUUAUGAUAAAAGCAGAAGCUCACAGGAUUUAAGAUUUUCUUUAUGCAAGUUAAAUAGUGGCAGUCGCUCACUGUUUGGAUCUCAACCUGAUGGACUGCUCUGGCUCCACUAAGCGAGACGGCUUUUGGUAGAAUGUGGUCGGGAAUCUGUGAGGCUGAGCCAAGAGUUGUAUGUAACAUUUACAUUUAGUUCUGACUGGAUUUACAGUAGAUAACGGCAGCAUAUACAUCAUGUGUAAAGGUAGAGAUUCCAAUUACCUACCAAUCGAAAAAAAAGAGUUUUUAUGUUCUUGCUUAAGUUGUACUAAAAUAAAAAGGGGCCAAUAGAAUGACCUAAGAAAUCUGGA